AUGGCGACCAUGACGGUGACCGAAUUGCGGCCAAAGAACAGCCGCAUACCCAAGAAUGUCAAGCUUCCACCGGAGAACGAGCGAUACAUGCGGGCAUGCGCCGAUAUAGCCAGCGCCCUCAUACAGGACUACGAAGCUCAGCUCGAUGGCUCAAAGCCAAAGAAGGACCUCAAUCUCAACGCCCUGCGCGGCCAAAUAGCAAAAAAACACUACCUGAGCACUCAACCACCCCUAACCGCCAUCAUCGCCGCUGUACCAGAGCACCACAAGAAAUACAUUCUUCCCAAAUUAAUAGCGAAACCUAUACGGACAUCGUCUGGCAUAGCAGUGGUAGCGGUAAUGUGCAAGCCGCAUCGAUGUCCACACAUCGCCUACACGGGCAACAUCUGCGUAUACUGCCCCGGCGGGCCGGAUUCAGAUUUCGAAUACUCAACCCAGUCCUACACAGGCUACGAGCCGACCUCCAUGCGAGCCAUCCGCGCGCGCUACGACCCCUACGAACAGGCACGAGGACGGGUGGACCAGAUCAAGUCACUCGGCCACAGCGUGGACAAAGUCGAGUACAUCAUCAUGGGCGGCACAUUCAUGUCUUUGCCGGAGGACUACCGGGACGAGUUCAUAUCGCAGCUUCACAACGCCCUGUCCGGCUACCAAACAAACAACGUAGAUGAAGCCGUAACGGCAGGCGAGAUGUCCAACAUCAAAUGCGUCGGCAUCACAAUCGAAACCCGGCCAGACUACUGCCUGGACACGCAUCUCUCCAGCAUGCUCCGCUACGGCUGCACCCGCCUCGAGAUCGGCGUGCAAUCCCUCUACGAAGAUGUCGCGCGCGACACCAACCGGGGCCACACCGUCGCCGCCGUCUGCAAAACCUUCUCCCUCGCCAAAGACGCCGGCUUCAAAGUAGUAUCGCACAUGAUGCCCGACCUCCCCAACGUCGGCAUGGAGCGCGACCUGGACCAAUUCCGCGAGUACUUCGAGAACCCCUCCUUCCGGACCGACGGGCUAAAGAUCUACCCAACCCUCGUAAUCCGCGGGACGGGGCUCUACGAGCUGUGGCGCACGGGCCGCUACAAGAACUACACGCCCAACGCGCUCAUCGACCUCGUGGCUCGCAUCCUGGCUCUCGUUCCGCCCUGGACCCGCAUCUACCGCGUCCAGCGCGACAUCCCGAUGCCGCUCGUCACCGCGGGCGUUGAGAACGGCAACCUGCGCGAGCUAGCGCUGGCGCGGAUGAAGGAUUUCGGGACGUCCUGCCGCGACGUCCGCACGCGCGAAGUCGGCAUCAACGAGGUGAAGCACAAGAUCCGGCCGUCGCAGGUCGAGCUCGUGCGGCGCGACUACGCGGCCAACGGCGGGUGGGAGACGUUCCUGGCGUACGAGGAUCCGAAGCAGGAUAUCCUGAUUGCGCUGCUCAGGCUGCGGAAGUGUAGCGCGGAGCAUACGUUCAGGCCGGAGCUGGUGGGGCAGCCGACGAGCUUGGUCAGGGAGUUGCAUGUUUAUGGCAGUGCGGUGCCGGUGCAUGCGAGGGAUCCGAGGAAGUUUCAGCAUCAGGGGUAUGGGACGCUUUUGAUGGAGGAGGCGGAGAGGAUCGCGAGGGAGGAGCAUGGGUCAAGGAAGAUUAGUGUUAUCUCUGGGGUCGGCGUGAGGAGCUACUAUACGAAGUUGGGGUAUUGGCUUGAUGGGCCAUACAUGAGUAAGUGGUUGGACGAGGAGAGGGACGAGGAGAGGGACGAGGGGAGCAGCGACGAAGAACGGUGA